CCGAUUCAUUUCUCUCUAUAUAUGACGUCACUGUUACAGGGUCGUGGCACUGCUUUCGCUGCACUCGCAGUAAUCACAGCGACGGUGACGUCGAACCACGACAAUUCAGAUAUUGACAGUAUCAGCAACCUGGCGAAAAGUUCAGUUAUGGAGUCUUUAGAACAGAUGCCAAAAUCUGAUACCAUAAGACUUCGCGAUCGUCAUAUCGGGCAAGCGUGUAAGCUGUUUUUCAAGUCGAAUCCCCUCAAAAUUGUAAGGGCCGAGGGACAAUACAUGUACGAUGAAAAGAACAAUCGAUAUUUGGAUUGCAUAAAUAAUGUCGCGCAUGUUGGCCACUGCCAUCCGGACGUCGUACGAGCCGGGCAGGAACAGAUGGCCUUAUUGUACACGAACAAUCGUUUCCUUCAUGACAACUUGGUGAUAUGCGCAAGCCGGUUGGCAUCAUUUAUGCCGGAACCGCUGUCCGUUUGCUUCCUGGUGAAUUCUGGAAGCGAGGCUAACGAUCUCGCUCUCCGUCUCGCUCGGACGCACACCAAGUGCAAGGAUGUCAUUACGUUGGACCACGCUUAUCAUGGACACCUCACCACGACAAUCGAUAUCUCACCAUACAAAUUCAACAAGCCUAACGGUACAGGCAAACAAGACUGGGUACACGUGGCUUCUUGUCCGGAUGUGUACCGUGGAAAAUAUCGAUCCAACGAUUACAUCGACGAAGAUCUUGGUGUUAAAUAUGCCGAAGAUGUAAAGCAAAUCUGCGAUAACAUCAAAGCCCAAGGACGCGGGGUUUGCGCUUAUAUUGCGGAAAGUCUCAUAUCGGUCGGCGGUCAGAUUUUACCCCCAGAGAAUUACUUCCGAAACGUAUAUAAACAUGUACGUGAAGCUGGAGGUGUCUGUAUCGCGGAUGAGGUGCAAGUCGGUUUCGGGAGAGUCGGCACUCACAUGUGGGCGUUUCAAUUAUACGGCGAGGACGUCAUUCCCGACAUAGUUACGUUGGGCAAGCCUAUGGGUAAUGGUCAUCCCGUUGCGGCUGUCAUUACUACGCCUGAAAUCGCUCGCAACUUUCGCGACACUGGAAUUGAAUACUUCAACACGUAUGGUGGCAAUCCUGUAUCCUGCGCGGUGGCGAACGCGGUGAUGGAGGUCAUAGAACGCGAGAACCUGCAGGAAAAUGCCUUGCAAGUAGGCAAUCAUCUGAUCGCGGAAUUGAAGAAACUGGCAAAACGACGGAAGAUUAUCGGCGACGUGCGCGGUGCUGGAUUAUUCAUAGGCAUUGAGUUAGUCCGCGACAGAAUUAAGAGGAUACCGGCGACGGCGGAGGCGAAACACGUUGUAUCCAGGAUGAAGGAUAAGAAGAUCAUCGUCAGUAGCGACGGACCUGAUAACAACGUUUUAAAACUGAAGCCGCCGAUGGUCUUUUCUAUUGAAAAUGUCAAUCAUUUUGUAUCCGUUCUUGACGAAGUACUCGAAGAAGUCGAUAUCGAUUUCGACAAGGAGCAAGAGCCUACUACAACUAUUAUCAAAGCAACGAUCUCCUCCAUAGAAGUCGAUACAAACACCGCAGUGAAUAGCGGAAAUUCAUUAUUUAUUCGCGCUAAUUAAUAAUAUAAUCUGCAAAUAUUGAAAAUACUGGAAAUAAAUUUUUAGUAAUUUUA